CUGUUAAACCUCCAAGAACACCAGGCCGAGCACAUGUCGUCAUACCUUGUGUGUACUUGAUCACAAAAGUAAAGCUGAGCUUCUCUGUUCGUUCUUUAAGGAACUGAAGUCGAAUACCCCCGCUAUGUGAUCACUCAACCGUCAGUCAUACUUUGCAACAGUAGACUCAAUGGACACUUCACUUCUUGUUGUCUUCAAUCUUCCGUCAACGUUCGCCUAGCGACAAGUGAAGAAAGAGGAUGUCCAACUCGUCAACAAGCAGUUCCGGGGGGACGGGAGGGAAUAGCGCACCCCCUGAACCAGACGGACCCCCCUACCUCCCACAUCAAGCUCAGCUAGGCGGCAAGCCCACCCGCUCCAUCGAUGUCCCAGUGUGUGCCGUUCUCCUGGUCGUGUUCCUGGCCCUGGCCGCCAUGAACAUGGCCAUCUUCCAAAUCAACCGCCGUAUAGGCUUCAAGUUCCUCUUCACCGGCCUCCUCUUCGGCUUCUGCAUGGCCCGGGUAGUCGCUCUAGCAACACGAAUAGCCUGGGCACUCCACCCGGACGACGAGAACCUCGCCAUCGCCUCGCAGAUCUUCGUUGCCGCCGGUGUCCUUCUCCUCUUCAUCACCAACCUCGUCUUCGCCCAACGUAUGAUCCGCGCCUACCACCGGUUUUUCGGCUGGUCGCCGGGGGUAACCCGUUUGUUUAGGGGCCUGUUCAGCAGCAUCGUUGCCGUGUUGGCCAUGGUCAUCACGGUAACCGUCCAGUCCUUCUUCACGCUGAACCGGCGGACGCAUCGCAUCGAUAAAGGAAUCCAGCUCUUCUGCGGCGUUUACUUGGCGGUAAUUGCCUUCUUGCCUAUCCCGCUCGUAUUAGCGGCUGCCUUGGUCCCUCGCAGAACGCCCAUCGACAGGUUCGGCGUCGGUCACUUCCGGACCAAAUUCGGUUUGCUCACGUUUACCUCGGUCUUGCUCGCGACGGGCGCCAUCUUCCGCGCCGCUACCAACUUUGUCGUCCGCCCGUUGAAUAACCCGGCAUGGGCGCAGACGAAGACGGCGUUUUACUGCUUCAAUUUUGGCAUCGAGCUCGUCGUCGUGAUUACGUACCUCCUCUCGCGGUUUGACAGGAGGUUCCAUAUCCCCGACGGCAGCUCCGCGCCGGGUCAUUACUCCAUGUCGGAGUAUGGAGUGCUGGCGGGGGCAAACGUAGGCGCAGGGAUAGGGGGGGCGCGCAAUAGUACCGUCAAUGGAGGUGGUGGUGCUGGUGUUACUGGUGGCACAACUACCUCUAGUGUCGGUACCAACGGGAAGAAGAGGGUCAGUCGUGGGGUUCUGGAUCCGAUUCUGGACGCCGUCCCGAUGGAGACGGAAACGGGGACGGGGAUAGGGACGGGGACAGCAGCUGUAGCAGGCUUUACAGCUGUUGACUUGCCGCAUAUCUAUGAGUCGGCUGGUAGCAGGAGGGGUUCGCAUUGGUCAUUGUUGUCGAAGAGUGUUACUGGUGGCACAACUACCUCUAGCGUCGCGGGGACGGGGGCAGUAGCAGCAGCAGGCUUUACAACAGCGGACUUGCCGCAUAUCUAUGAGUCGGCUGGUAGCAGGAGGGGCUCGCAUUGGUCUUUGUUGUCGAAGAGCCGGAAGAUUGGUGGCUCUUCUCUGUCACUACCGGAGUUACCGUUUAGUGAGACGCAUGAGAGUAUUGCUACUACUGCGCUUGCCGGGGAUCCUGAUAUGGAGUGGAUGGCUAGGGCUAUGCGCGAGCUUUACGGCGACGACGACGACGAGGAGUAAUGGUUGGGUCUGGUGUCCUUGGUUAUGUUUUUUGGGGGUUGUAAGAUCGUAGCAACAAUCAGUACUGGAAGUUCGGAUGGACACUUCGUCGUUUGGAGACAUUUUCUGGCCAAUAUCAAUCAACAGAUGGCCAACAUUACUCCUUUCC